CUGAGCCCCAUAUGGGAGUUGGCAGGCAGCAGAGAGGGCCCUUUCAAGGUGUUCGUGUGAAGAACUCAGUGAAGGAACUCUUGCUACACAUCCGAAGUCAUAAACUGAAGGCCUCUGGCCAAGUGGCGGAUGAUUUUAAGACACAAAGUGUGAACAUUGGACAGUUAACAGAAUUGAAGAACACAGGAUUGUAUAGUGGGAAAAGAAAAGGGCCUGAUUUUCUCUCUGAUGGACCAGCUUGUAAAAGGCCAGCUCCACUGCACACUCAGUUUUUGACACCACCUCAAACACCAACACCUGGGGAGAGCAUGGAAGAUGUUCAUCACAAUGAAUCCAAACCGGACAGCAGUGCCGAUCUGCUUCAGAACAUUAUAAACAUUAAGAACGAAUGCAACCCAGUUUCCCUGAACACAGUCCAGGUUAGCUGGAUGAGCCCUGUGGUGCCUCAGAGCUCUCCCCAGGAGCAGGAGCAGGACUUCCAUGGAAGGCAGGUCUUCCCUCCACCUCAGAAGUAUCAACCAUUCCAAGUCAGCAGCUCCCCACAAGUGAUGGAUCAGGCUUCCAUGUACCAGUAUUCUCCACAGAACCAGAGUGUACAGCAGCAGCAACAGCAGCCGCAGCCCUAUACCCAUAACCCAACUCUGGAAUACAGUCCUUAUUCCAGAACUUCACAGUCCCCCAACUAUGAACCAAACCUCUUUGAGGGUCAGGAACCACAGUUCUCAAACCAGAGCUUUGUGUCCCUUCUGAAUGGUCUUGGAAACGCCGAGAAUAUUGCCAUUCCCAGUCAGCUGUCUCCCAGUGUCCAGCAACAAAAUGAUGCUCACCUGCAGAACUUCAGCCUGGUGCCCAACAGUGCCUGUGAGGCCACGGGGGCUCACGAUGCGGCCUCAGCCACUUCAAACACCUCAUUGCCGUUCCUGAACAUGAUCGGAAAUCCCAUGAACGCCACACAGUUAGGGAAGUCAUUUUUUCAGUGGCAAGUAGAGCAGGAAGAGAACAAAUUGGCCAACAUCUCCCAAGACCAGCUUCUAUCAAAGGAUGCCGAUGGUGACACGUUCCUCCAUAUUGCUGUUGCCCAAGGGAGAAGAGCACUUUCCUAUGUUCUUGCAAGAAAGAUGAAUGCACUUUGCAUGUUGGAUAUCAAAGAGCACAAUGGGCAGAGUGCCUUGCAGGUGGCAGUGGCUGCCAAUCAGCAUCUGAUUGUGCAGGAUCUUGUGAACCUUGGGGCCCAGGUGAAUACCACAGACUGCUGGGGAAGAACGCCCCUGCAUGUCUGCGCUGAGAAGGGCCACUCCCAGGUGCUGCAGGCAAUCCAGAAGGGAGCAGUGAGGAGCAAUCAGUUUGUGGAUCUUGAGGCAACUAAUUAUGACGGCCUGACUCCUCUCCAUUGUGCAGUGAUAGCUCACAAUGCUGUGGUGCAUGAACUCCAGAGAAAUCAACAGCAUCAUUCUCCUGAAGUUCAGGAGCUCUUACUGAAGAAUAAGAGUCUGGUUGACACCAUUAAGUGUCUGAUUCAAAUGGGAGCAUCAGUGGAAGCAAAGGAUCGUAAAAGUGGUCGCACAGCCCUGCACUUGGCAGCUGAAGAAGCAAAUCUGGAACUCAUUCGCCUCUUUCUGGAGCUGCCCAGUUGCCUGUCUUUUGUGAACACUAAGGCCUACAAUGGAAACACUGCCCUCCAUGUGGCUGCAAGCCUGCAGUAUCGGGUGACACAGCUGGAUGCAGUCCGCCUCCUGAUGAGGAAGGGCGCUGACCCCAGUACUCGAAACUUGGAGAACGAGCAGCCAGUGCAUUUGGUUCCCGAUGGCCCCGUAGGAGAACAGAUCCGACGUAUUCUGAAGGGAAAGUCCAUUCAACAGAGAGCACCACCAUAUUAGUUCCAUUAACUUGGAGCAUGGUUAGCGACACUCACUGUCAGUUAGGCAGUCCUAAUGUAUCUGUACAUAGACCAUUUGCCCUGUAUUGGCAAAUGUAAGUUGUUUCUAUGAAACAAACAUAUUUAGUUCACUAUUAUAUAGUGGGUUAUAUUAAAAGAAAAGAAGAAAAAUACCCAAUUUCUCUUGGCAGAUUUACAUAUUUCAUACCCAGGUAUCUGGGAUCUGAAUUUGAUCUUAAUGAUAAAAGUUGCCAUCAAUUAACUAUAUAGGUUUGGAGCAGGAAGACUUUGAUUUGUGGCAUAAGACAUUGCCUUAUGUAGCUAUUGCUGGUUUCAGGUAAAUUGCCAAUAAAUUGUAUACAUUUACUGAAGAAAAAUAAAAGCAUUUGAAAGGGAGAGAAAACAAAAACAAAUUGGGAUGUAGUGCUGAUGUUUCUUUUAGUCUGAUGUGGUAUCCAGUGGUUAUUACUGCUCUUGGCAAGUGUCUCUAGUCAGUGUGACUAGAUGAAAGGCGCCUGUGGUUAGGAUUUGAUUUUUUUGCAAGCUGUAUAUAGUUAUUUUGAACUGUGAGAAUAUUGUAUAUAUUUGGUCACUAAUAUGGACAUUUGAAAUGUGUAAAUAAACUAGAAAAGAAUGAGUGAAUUAUCACUACUUUGUGUGUGUGUGUGUGUGUGCUGGUCCUGAGGUUUGAACUCAGAGCAUGGGUGCUGUCCCUGAGG